AGGACACCAGAAGGUUGGCCAAUAAUAACUUUCCCUGACAUAGGUUUGUUCUGCAAUCUUUAUGAUGAAGAUUAUAGAAAGUUGAUGCUGUAUUUAACUGCUGUUCCAUCGAUGCAAGAUGCAGACCUUGGUUUUGCACUGAUUGUAGACAGAAGGAAUGAUAAAUGGAGUGCUGUGAAGACAAUAUUACUCAGGAUUUCUGGCUUUUUUCCUGGACUUAUUCAGAUUGUUUUUGUACUUCGGCCUGUGGGGUUUUUUCAAAAAGCAAUUUCAGAAGUCAGUCACAAAUUUUUCAAGGAAGAAUUCAAAUUUAAGCUUAUAGUGUGUAGUACAGUGGAUGAACUACAUGAACAUCUUGAUCCAAGUCAACUGACACAAGAUCUAGGUGGAACUAUUUCCUACAGCCAUGAUGAGUGGAUAGAGCAAAGGAUGGUGGUGGAAAAAUUCUCAGCUAACUUGCAAGAAAUAUCUUUGGCUCUCAGGGGUAUGACACAAAAGUUACAAGAAACUGAGCUGCCUAAUGAUGUUAGUUCAACUUUAAGUUUAUUGAAAAACCAAGAAACAGAAUAUAAGGAACUAAAAGAUGAGUUGCGCAGUGCAGCCAGGCAUGGAGAAACAUUGUUGAAUUGUAUAAGACGACCAUCAAGUGAAACUGCAUCUUUAGAAAUGUGUCCUGAUAAACUUAUAAACGUUACAGCAGUAGAAAGGCUACUAGUCCAGCUAGAUGAAACAGAAAAAGGUUUUGACAAUUUUUGGAGUGAACAUGAAAAUAAAUUGAGCCAAUUUUUGGAACUUCGGAAGUUUGAACAUGAGUUUAAAGAGCUUCAGGCAAAUGUCACAACCAAUCUUCAAGAAUUGGCAAGCUUGCCAGAGUCAGGAGAUUCGGUUUCACAGAUUGACUUUCUGAUUGAACAACUAGAGAAGUUUAGGCUACAGACCAAGAAUGAUUUUGACAGAAUGAAAGAGAUUCAAGAAAUGGGUAAGAGCCUAAUCAUGUCCAAACAUUAUGCCGUUGACUGUGUAUCACCCAAAUGUCUGGAACUGGAGCGAAUGUUUAGUGACUUCAAACAGAAACUUGAUCAAAGAUACCAGCUUCUUCACAAACACAGAGAUUUGCAAGAACGAAUAGAAAAAGCCAAUAAAUGGUGCACUGACGGGGUAGACCUCUUAGCUAAUCUUCAGAUUGAGAAAUGUUCAUCUCCUGAGUUUGCUCUGGUAGCUCUUGAAGAAUUAGACUUAUUUCUGAAAAGAUCUCAAGAGCUUCAGUUAAGCAGUCCAAGGGAAUUCCACAAUAUAUUUAAGGAUAUGAUUACACCAGAGAUUAAAUCUUUGGUGCAUCAGGUACUUCAGAGAAUUGAAGAUGUUCAGGUGAUGUGUGAAAAGCAGAAGAAUAACCUUCAAAAACUUGUUUCCCGUUCUUCCCGCCCAGUCCAGGCUGUAAUACCUGAACCAGCAGUGCCUCUUUCCUUGCCCUCCGUUGGUAGUUCUUGUAGUAUUUUCCAGCGUGGUAGUAAAUCUCCAGACAAUGAACUACGUUCUUUCAGAAGAGGAAAGACAGGAUCUAAGAUGCAUAUUGAGGUACGGCUAGGAGAAUUUAGCAGCAUUUUACCUUCAUUGCAGGAGAACUGUUCACUAGAACCUCAUUCUCCCAGUCCAUGUAGUCAACAGGACAUGAAGAACCACAAAAGAGGUCAUGUCAUGACAGAAUUGAUUGAAACAGAAAAAACUUACGUCUCAGAACUCAGCAGUAUAAUUCAGGGAUACAAAAAAGAAAUGGACAACCCAGCAAUGAAAGACUGCAUACCAGGAUCUCUUCUCGGAAAAUCUGAUGUACUUUUUGGAAAUAUGAUGGAAAUCUACAAUUUUCAUAACAAUGUAUUCUUGAUGGACCUUCAGAAUUGCAGCAGCACUCCUGAAUUGGUUGGUCGUUGUUUUGUUCAGAGGAGAGACUUUUUACACAAGCUUUACAGUACAUACUGCAUGAAUAAACCCAAAUCUGAAGCUUUAAGGAGACAGUGUGGGGAUGAUAAUUUGUUUUUUAAGGAUUUGCUGAAGUACACCGAUGAAAAAGCAGCACAAGAAGAACUCCAAGAAGCUCUUGACACAAUGUUAAGUGUCCUCAAGUAUGUAAAUGAUAGUAUGCAUCAGGUGGCCAUUACUGGAUUUCAUGGAAGCCUUGCUGAUUAUGGAAAAUUGUUAUUACAAGGACCUUUUAGUGUUUGGAUGGAAGGAAAGAAGGACAGAAUUAGAGAUCUUCGUUUUAAAUCCCAACAACGUUUUAUCUUUUUGUAUGAGCAGCUUAUUCUUCUUACCAAGAAAUGUGGACCUGAUGAAAACCCAACAUAUGCAUUCAAAAAUGCCUUAAAGACCUCUCAGAUUGGUUUAACAGAAACUCUCAAGGGUUCCCGAGGAGACAGCAGGAAGUUUGAGGUCUGGUUACAUGGGAGAACACAAGUUUUUAUUAUUCAGGCUCCAACUGUGGAAGUUAAAAACACGUGGGUGAAGGCCAUCAAGAAAGUAUUGUUGCAACAGUUUGAAGAUCUAAAAGAUGAAAGUAAGAAAAAUACAGACAAAGUUCCAAGUUUAUUUACUAAAACAAGAAAAACAGUUCCAGGUGCUCUUCAUAGGUCUAAAAAUACUGUUGGCAGCCUUAGCUGGGAUAACUGCCCAAUGGUCACUGAAAAUAACCAUCCAACUAUUCAUCAUCCUCCUGAAUUAGAGCGAAGAGCCACACUUCCAACUAUACACUAUCAUGGACAUAGAACAAAUGGAAUGUCUCACUCUGAAAGCCAUGAUGAUGGAUGGUCAACUGAUGACUUUUCACAGACUGAAGAUGAAGAUGAAGAUAGUGAUGUAUUUGCUUGCAGAACUGAGAUUGGAACUUCUUACCAAGCCUUGGGAGACUAUGAGGCAGUGGAUGUUAGUGAAACUUCUCUUACUGAAGGACAAAUUGUGAUGGUAGAGCGAGUAGGGUGUGCUGGUUGGUGGUAUGUGAGAGACACAGAAACAGGAGCUCAUGGUUGGGUGCCUGCUUCUUACCUAGGUCUGCUCAGUGAAAAAUAUUGUUCACACUCUACUCCUUCAGUCAGCAGUCAAGAUUCGGGUAGUGGAAGUCUCAACCAUGCAGUUAGUAGAACAAGUGUUACCAGUAUGGAUGGUGCAUCUGCCACAUAAAACCCUCAUUAUAUACAAUAUAUACACAUAUACCACAAUAGUGUAUUAAAGAGAUUAAGAUGUAUGUAUGAACAGUCUAAAAAAAAAACCCUGUCUUUUAAUUAACUGCUGAAAUGUAUGGAUAACAGACCAAACAUAAAAAUAGUUAAACAUCAUGGUUUGUUUUUUUUGAAGAAGUUAGCAACUAGCAAUGAAUUAAAUUAUUGUACAUUGACUAAUAUGUUGAGCAAAUGGCAUUCAGUUGAUUGUUAAAUAUACAUGUAUAUACAUAUAUAUAUAAUGUUUUUGUUUUUCUUGUAAUUGACAGGGAAAGUGCAGUACAAUGAUCAAAUGUUGUGUUGUUGUUAAACCUGGUUAUUAAUAUUUUUUGUUGUUUCAAAGAUGUUUGAAUAUAAAGGCAGUGUAUACUGAUUGAAUGAAUAUUCAAGAGAUCAACUGUUUCUUAUAUAUGGUUGACUAUUAUUAAGUAUAAUCUAAAGAAAUUUAUAACUGAAAAUCAAGUACACAGACUGGGUAUUCAUAAUGCAAAGAACAGUUGUUUAUUAAAUGUUUUAUUUUAAAGAAAACUAGAAUGUGAGUACAUCACAUACAAGUAAAAUAUUUUGAGUGACUAAUAACUGAAUGAUAAAUCUAGCUAAUGUUGAUUUUAAAGGAGUGUAUAACUAAGAAUGAAGCUACUGUCAUUAGAUUGAUUAUUUCAAGAAUAUGUUGCAAUUAACUGAUGAAGGAGUUAGUGAAUGAAGUCAACUUCCCCAAAUUUUAUAAGCUCUGAGCAACAAUUGUUUUUUAAAACUGGUUGUUUAUGUGAAUAACUUAUUAUUUAUUACCUCUUUUUCACCUGAUGCUAGUAUUAAAAUUAAUAUUGUGAUCAGUUUUACAGUGGAAAUUUUUUUUUAAGUCAUUAAGUCUGCAAAAUUUCAUCUCACAGGAUUAGCCAUCUUUAGGCAGUGUAAUAUUACCUAACCAUACAUCUUUAGUUGUACAUUGUCUGAACAUGGCCCACUUCUAUGAGCUAAAACAGUACAGUUGUAGUUGCUUAAAAAAUAACAUUUCCACUGUAAAGCUGGUCAGGAUAUUAAACUUAAUUAUCCAAUGGUAUCCUCAUGGUAUCAACCUAGUUACAUGAUGUGGCUUAGAUUUUAUUUAUUAUUUGUUUUAAACCCUUGUGUAGAUCUUUUACUAUUUUUGUAAUAUGCAAUAUGUAUAUGUGUUGUUGUUUCUCUUCUUAAUGCUUAUACAAAAAUAUAAACUUGUUGAGCUACAAACAGACAUUAGUUUUUUAGUCUGUUCUUUUCUAUGGACUAGUCAUUAAAUAGAUCAACUUGUUAGAGCUGCAGCUACAACUUGCUAUACAACAUAUUGAUAAUUGAAACUCAACUCAUACUGCAACAGGUAAGUACGCAAAUUAUUAAAACCUUGUAAGAUAAAAAAAAAAAAAUUGACAAUAUUUUGGUCAAUCUUCAUGACAUCUCCAAACCUAGACCCAUUUUCUUUGUUGUUUCAGCAUUUGUUACCCAUUUUUGUAUUUUCAGAUUUUUAUCAAGCUACAGUAGCAUUUGUUUGUUACAUUUAUUUUCAGACUGUAAUGGACUAAACUAUUCUCCUCUUACUGUUUUGUAAUACUUGAAAAAUAACUAAAUGUCUGAAGAAUAUUUUUCAUUGAUUAUAUGUUAUAAACUCUUUUAGCUUCUACUACUGUGCUGUAUGGUAUAAUUUAGGUUAUUUUUAAUGAACGACCACACAUUUCAAGUUUCUGUAAUGGUACAGAGGGAAAUAAGUAAUUUUAAUUUUGAGCUCAGGAAUCCAUACACUGUUAAUUUACUUUGUAAGACCUGGCUAACGAUAAGCUUCUUGGGGGAAAUGCAUCAGCUAAUGGUUAUGAUGUAAUUAUGUAUAAAACUAGUGUAUUGUGAUUCAAAAGAAAAUCAGUUAACAUCCAUGUCUGUUCUAAAGCACCAACUGAAGUUUAAUUUAAAACUAAGUGGGAGAAACUGAACUUAUCCCUACUUCUAUAAAAUGUUGCCUUGAAUUUUGUGAUAAACAGCUUUCAGGACACUGAUUUCAUCUUCGGUAGAUGUUUGGUUUUCCGUCCUCUUGUGGCAAAUACAUUUAAGAUUUUAGUACAAUUGCUGAAAUCUACUGUUGUAAUCAUUCAUCUCAAGGAAGCUUCAAAACUUUAUCCAUUUAUUAACAUCACUCUGGAUAAGUUCAGGAUUAAAGGAGAAUGAUUAACACAUGCUUUCUGAAUUUUAUUCCAGUUCUUUUUUUUUUGCUACCUUUGUCACAACAAAAUGUGUUGUUGUUUUGUAAUUUAUGAAGAACUGAAUGUUUCCAAACUGGGCAUAGUCUAUUCAGUAAUAUAAGAAUUUCAGUAAUUUUGAGUAAGAUAACAAUGUGAAUCAACAACACCCAAAUACAGCAACUUAAAAGAAAAGUAAACUAAAUGGCUCAAGAUGGCUUGAAGGAUGGUCCCUUCUUUGUGAGGAGCCAAGUACUUUCAUUAGUGGUUCUUAGUCCUGUGCACUUUAUACUUACUCGAGAAAGAGUUAGUUAGUGAUCUCGAAAGUGUAUGUGAAAUGUAAGGUAGCAUUCCAAAACAUUUCCCAUGAUACUUCAAAUGAUCAUUAAAUUCUUCAACUUUGCUCCCAUGUCUUUUUAAGGGCACACUGUAAUCUACGAAACCUUUGGGUUAAAAUCAGUAGUAUCAUUUACACACACCCCCCUUUUUUUUUCUCUAAGGGCAAAAUUUUAUUUUGUAAAUCAUAGAUAACGUCUAAUAAAAGCUUUCUAUACUCCUCACUAGAUGGCAUUUUACUUGAACCAUAGACCCUCAUUUUGUCUGUGUGCCUUUAAAAAAACACUGAAAUAUUUAAGAAACUAUAAUCUUUUUUGUACAUAUGUAGGCAUGUACAGUUUUUAAUCUUGCUUCAUCCUACAGAGCUCAAAUUGUGUAAUCUAUUGUUCAGGUUGUUUUGUAUACAGUAGCAUUUGCUGCAGAAAUGAAGUAUUUCUUACAGAAAAAUAAAUUUUUCUCUUAAAAUGUAUUGGUAGAAACUAGCGAGAUUUUGGAGAUAUUGUUUCUAGUAAGUAACUGUAAAGUUAUUGAAGUAACUUACCACUCAUGAUAAUUCCCACACAUUUUGUAACAUAUCUAUUUGUAGUGUAUUCAUUCAUUUUUAAUUGUGAUGUGACAUACUAUGUGUAUAAUUUGUUUGUGUAAAUUAUGUAAUUAAUGGUAUGUUAGUUUUUCAAUCACAGCUGCCAGUUAAAAGAUAGCUCUUGAUACUCAUGAAUUCAAACCGUUUUAUAUGAAGAUUCCUUAUCUCUCAUUGCUUUGCCUUAAUAAGUUCAUGUGGAUUUUUUGUCCUGAUGAUAAAUGUCUAAAGGGUUGUUGAUAAUUCUUGUUUAUUCAUGUAAAAAAUAUUAAGUUAGAAUAGAUAACUUUAGGAAAACCUUCACAUUACAUUAGUCAGUAAGUUUGUGAGAAGUUUGUGCUCCAGUGGUCAAAAAUAUCUGUGAAUAAACAAUGUAUACACAUUUUAAAAAAUAAAAUAGAAGUGCUGUAAAUCACA